AGCGGGCGGCGGGAGGUGCGUUGAGCGCAUGCGUCUGUGGCAACCUAGAAAGAGGGGCUGCUGGCGGGCCGAGUCGAAGACAUGGAGCAAGGCUACGGAGGCUAUGGGGCAUGGAGUGCUGGACCCACCAACAGCCAGGGUACAUAUGGAACUGGUGUGGCCAGCUGGCAAGGUUAUGAAAACUAUAAUUAUUACAAUGCCCAGAACACCAGCGUCACCACAGGAGCGACCUAUAGUUAUGGCCCAGCCUCCUGGGAGGUCACCAAGGCCAGUGAUGGCUUGGCAGCUGGGGGCCCUUCCUUGCACAUGGCUUCUUAUGGCCCAGAGUCCUGCACCGACAAUUCCGACUCCCUCAUUGCCAAGAUCAACCAGCGUUUGGACAUGAUGUCCAAGGAAGGAGGCAGGGGCGGGAGCAGCAGCGGUGGGGAGGGCAUGCAGGACCGGGAGAGCUCUUUCCGAUUCCAGUCCUACGACUCCUAUGACUCCAGGCCUUGCCUGCCUGAACACAAUCCUUACCGCCCCAGCUACAACUAUGAUUAUGACUUCGAUCUGGGGCCUGACCGAAAUGGUGGCUUUGGUGGUCAGUACAGCGAUUGCCGGGAUGCAGCCCGAGAGCGGGGUUCCCUUGAUGGCUUUAUUCGAGGCCGGGGCCAGGGCCAGGGCCGCUUCCAGGAUCGGAGCAACCCUGGCACCUUCAUGCGCAACGACCCCUUCAUGCCACCAGUGGCCUCCUCUGAGCCCCUGUCUGCUCCCUGGACUGAGAUGAAUUACGUAGGUGGACGGGGCCUGGGAGGCCCCUCCCCUAGCAGACCUCCACCUUCCCUCUUCUCCCAGUCCAUGGCCCCGGAUUUUGGCCUGAUGGGCAUGCAGAGUACUGGUGGUUUUGACAACUCUGUGCCCUAUGGAUGUGGCCGGUCACAGGCCCGGAUGAGGGAUCGGCCUAGGAGGAGAGGGUUUGACCGCUUUGGCCCAGACGGAAUGGGCAGGAAACGGAAGCAGAUGCAGAUUUAUGAUGAACCAGACACCAAACAGGCCCGGGCUGACAGCGAAGGAGAUUUUUCUGAAAACGAUGAUGGAGUUGGCGACUUCCGUUCAGGAGAUGAAGAAUUCAGGGGUGAGGAUGAAUUCUGCGACUCUGGGAGACAGAGAGGAGAGAAGGAUGAGGAGGAUGAUGAAGUGAAAAAGAGAAGGGAAAAGCAAAGGAGGAGAGACAGGAUGAGAGACCGUGCAGCUGACAGGAUUCAGUUUGCCUGUUCCGUGUGCAAGUUUCGUAGUUUUGAAGAUGAAGAAAUUCAGAAACAUCUGCAAAGUAAAUUUCACAAAGAGACACUAAGGUUUAUAAGUACCAAAUUGCCCGAUAAGACUGUGGAGUUCCUUCAGGAAUACAUUGUAAACAGGAAUAAGAAAAUUGAGAAGCGGCGUCAGGAAUUGAUGGAGAAGGAAAGCAUGAAGCCAAAAUCAGAUCCUUUCAAAGGGAUUGGCCAAGAGCACUUCUUCAAGAAGAUAGAGGCUGCUCACUGCCUGGCUUGUGACAUGCUGAUUCCUGCCCAGCCCCAGCUCCUCCAGCGGCACCUGCACUCUGUUGACCACAAUCACAACCGUCGUUUGGCUGCUGAACAGUUCAAGAAAACAAGCCUCCAUGUGGCGAAGAGUGUUUUGAACAACAGACAUAUAGUGAAGAUGCUGGAAAAAUACCUCAAGGGUGAAGACCCUUUCACCAGUGAAGUCGUUGAUCCAGAAAUUGAAGGAGAUGAAAAUUUAGGAGGCGAUGAUAAGGAAGAGACACCUGAAGAGGUGGCUGCCGAAGUCUUAGCUGAGGUGAUUACAGCAGCAGUGAGAGCAGUAGAUGGGGAAGGAGCACCUACUCCAGAGAAUAGUGAAGCACCAACUAAAGGGGAAGACACCAUGGACACAGUGGAAGCCACUAGUGGCCCCCACCCUGAACAGCUACUAGAAGCAGAGACACCCUGUGAAGUGGCAUCUGAGAAGGGGAACAUUGAAGCAGAGGAAGGAGGUAAGGCAGGGGAUGAUGAAACAGCCCAGGCUGGAAGUAAAGCUGCCCAGGUUGAAGGUGAAUCUGCUGAAGUUGGAUGUGAAGUGGAGGCCCUGACUGCAGCAGAGGCAGAAAGCACUGUAACAGUCAAUGCUGCUCCACAAGCUGCUCUGGAAGCUGAAGUGGAACAAAUGGAUGCAGAGUCCAAAGAUGUUAUUCCCACAGAAUGAGCCACUUCUCCAUUUCAAGGGGUGUGUUAUAUAAUGUAUUGCUCUUUGGUUUGUAAGCAGUACUAGGGUGUGUGUUACUGGAAUAUACUGAAAACUUAUUUUAGUAAAGAGACCCAGCCUUUCCUUCAUAAAAGUGUACCUCAUGGGCUUGUCUUACAGAGUUGUGUGGCUUUCUACCUUGGUUUGAAGGCUGCAGAAGUUGUACAUUCCCCAAAGCAACUGUGAUGAAUGUGACAUCUCUUUACACUGCAGUUGGAAUAAUAAAAGUUGGGUAAUUCAAUUUUGAUGAUACUUUGCUUGUUAAAUACAGCCACUAACUUCCCUCCACCACUUUGGGGUGGGGGGAUUUCUGGGAGCAGCUCAGUACUAGAACAUACCUUGCUUUAUAAAAGACUUCUGUUUUUUAAGUUUCAAGAAUUUGCUUUGGCUUUAAUAUUUGAUUUCUGUUUUUGUAGCAUACUGUAUGGUGUGUGAUACUCACAAAAUGUAGCAGAUUCUUGUUAACAUGUGAUACUAGCUUUGUCAUAUCCGUGAAUUCAGAGACCGAUGCAUCUGAUACACCUGGCCACUGGAAGCACACCCACUUGACCCUCACAAAUGAGGAAACUGCCUAGGGCUUUGUUUCCCAAUCUUUAGCCUUUAGUGAAUCACCUUUAUAAUUUUUUUUUUUUUUACCUCAUUUGUCUUCCACCUUUACAUUGCUUCAGGUUUUUUUUUUUUCCUUUAAAUUGAUUUACUAUUUCUACUUAAAUGUAUUUAAGAAAACUUGAUGUUACUCCCCUAAGUGGAAAACCAAUAUAAAUUGCCAUAGACACUAGCUGUAAAAAAUAAAUAUAAUGAAAUAAACAUUUUAGAUAAAUACUGUUCCUUUGGAGGUUUCUGAAUCUGUGAGAAGGGAAAGCUAGCAUGUGUAAAAGGAUAGCGGGCAACAUUUAUACAUGCACAUAAUCAAAAGAAUAAAAAGAAACCUCCCAUUUGAAAUGAUGUUUGUUGCUGGGUCUAUUAUCCCUUUAAACCUUAACUGUCACAUUUUGGGAAGCACUGCUUGUGGGAUUAGAAAAAUGUGGUUAAAGUAUUCGAUGAGCAUCUACUGUGUACCAGGUGCUAAUUCAUGAUGCAAAGAAGAUGUGUGCACUGCUCUCGAGGAGUCUUCUUGGAGAUGUGAAACAAAUAUUUAUGAAAAAAAUCAAUAUUAGAACUAAAACCAAAUAAAUAAGUAGUGAAACAAAAGGAAAAAUAAAAGGUGCCUCUGAAUCAUUUCUGCUCAUCGUAACUCAAUUCUACUUAGACCUGGCUUAUUCACAACUUGAGAACGACCCUGGAAGAUUGUUCUCUUAAUGGAAAAAUGUUGGUGUUAAACAUCAGUAGUCUGAAAAAGGAUAGCAAAAAUCAAAUUGUUUUUCUUUUAGGUCCUCCCUGGUGAAGUAGGGGUUAAGUGUCAGUGCUGUCACCGCUACAGCCUAAGUUUACUCCCUAGCCAGGUAGCUGACCCACACAGUCACACAAUACAACAGACCUAUCUUGCCCACUGCUCCUGUGAGCAGCAUAUUUUAGUAGAUCCACCUGUUCUGCUUGCCAUUCUGUCUCUGGUGGAUCCUCUCACUCUCCAUCUCAGCCCUAAACCCCAAUUCCAUCCCCCCAAAAAUGUUAACACAAAAAGUCAUAAAUUAGGCUUUUCCACCUUCCAUCCCUUGUGAAAUGACAUGAAUUUUAUUCCUAAACUUAGAGUAAACCCGGCCCUUACCUCCCAAAAGGGAGAGUAAUUUUUUUAAGGAUUUAUUUAUGCAUACAAGAACUGGGGUACAGUCCAGAGGUGUGGGUGUGUGUGUGA